CACCAUGCCAGCUGGGGGCCGGGCCGGGAGCCUGAAGGACCCUGAUGUGGCUGAGCUGUUCUUCAAGGAUGACCCUGAAAAGCUCUUUGCUGACCUUCGGGAAAUUGGUCAUGGCAGCUUUGGAGCUGUGUACUUCGCCCGAGAUGUUCGAAACAGUGAGGUCGUGGCCAUCAAGAAGAUGUCCUAUAGUGGGAAACAGUCAAAUGAGAAAUGGCAGGACAUCAUCAAGGAAGUUCGGUUCUUACAGAAGCUCCGGCAUCCCAAUACCAUUCAGUACCGGGGCUGUUACCUGAGGGAGCACACAGCCUGGCUGGUGAUGGAGUAUUGCCUGGGCUCAGCUUCUGACCUUCUAGAAGUGCACAAGAAGCCCCUUCAGGAGGUAGAAAUUGCUGCUGUGACCCAUGGGGCACUUCAGGGCCUGGCGUAUCUGCAUUCACACAACAUGAUCCAUAGGGAUGUGAAGGCUGGGAACAUCCUGUUGUCAGAACCAGGCUUAGUAAAGCUGGGUGAUUUUGGCUCUGCAUCCAUCAUGGCACCUGCCAACUCCUUUGUGGGCACCCCAUACUGGAUGGCUCCAGAGGUGAUCCUGGCGAUGGAUGAGGGGCAGUACGAUGGCAAAGUAGACGUCUGGUCCUUGGGGAUAACCUGCAUUGAACUGGCGGAACGGAAACCACCACUGUUUAACAUGAAUGCAAUGAGUGCCUUAUACCACAUUGCACAGAAUGAGUCCCCUGCGCUCCAGUCAGGACACUGGUCUGAGUACUUCCGGAAUUUUGUGGAUUCCUGUCUUCAGAAAAUCCCUCAAGACAGACCAACCUCAGAAGUUCUUUUGAAGCACCGUUUUGUGCUCCGGGAGCGGCCACCCACAGUCAUCAUGGACUUGAUCCAGAGGACCAAGGAUGCUGUGCGGGAGUUAGACAACCUUCAAUACCGCAAGAUGAAGAAGAUCCUGUUCCAAGAGGCACCCAAUGGUCCUGGUGCUGAGGCCCCAGAGGAGGAAGAGCUCACGCCCUGUUCACAGGAGGCUGAGGCCUACAUGCACCGGGCAGGGACACUGACCAGUCUAGAGAGUAGCCACUCAGUGCCCAGCAUGUCCAUCAGCGCCUCCAGCCAGAGCAGCUCAGUCAACAGCCUAGCAGAUGCCUCGGACAAUGAAGAGGAGGAGGAAGAAGAAGAGGAGGAGGAGGAAGAGGAGGAGGAGGAAGGCCCUGAAGCCCGAGAGAUGGCCAUGAUGCAGGAGGGGGAACAUACAGUCACCUCCCACAGCUCCAUCAUCCACCGGCUACCGGGCUCAGACAACCUGUAUGAUGACCCCUACCAGCCAGAGAUGACCCCAGGCCCACUCCAGCCACCUGUAGCUCCAGCUCCCACCUCUACCACCUCUUCUGCCCGCCGCCGGGCCUACUGUCGCAACCGGGACCACUUUGCCACCAUCCGUACUGCCUCACUGGUCAGCCGUCAGAUCCAGGAGCAUGAGCAGGACUCAGCCUUGCGGGAGCAACUGAGUGGUUACAAAAGGAUGCGGCGACAGCACCAAAAGCAGCUGCUGGCCCUGGAGUCUCGGCUGAGGGGUGAACGUGAGGAGCACAGUGGGCGGCUACAGCGGGAACUUGAGGCACAGCGGGCUGGCUUUGGGGCUGAGGCUGAAAAGCUGGCCCGACGGCACCAGGCCAUUGGUGAGAAAGAGGCACGAGCUGCCCAGGCUGAGGAACGGAAGUUCCAGCAACAUAUCCUCGGGCAGCAGAAGAAGGAACUGGCUGCGCUGCUAGAGGCACAGAAGAGAACCUACAAGCUUCGGAAAGAACAGUUGAAGGAGGAACUCCAGGAAAACCCCAGCACACCCAAGCGGGAGAAGGCUGAGUGGCUGCUACGACAGAAAGAGCAACUACAGCAGUGCCAGGCGGAAGAGGAAGCAGGGUUGCUACGGCGCCAGCGCCAGUACUUUGAGCUGCAGUGUCGCCAAUACAAGCGCAAGAUGCUGCUGGCUCGUCACAGCCUAGACCAGGAUCUGCUGCGAGAGGACUUGAACAAGAAACAGACUCAGAAGGACUUGGAGUGUGCCCUGCUGCUACGGCAGCACGAGGCCACUAGGGAGCUGGAGUUGCGGCAACUCCAGGCUGUCCAGCGCACACGUGCUGAGCUCACCCGCCUCCAGCACCAGACAGAGCUGGGCAAUCAGCUGGAGUACAACAAACGACGAGAGCAAGAAUUACGUCAGAAGCACGCGGCCCAGGUUCGCCAGCAACCCAAGAGCCUCAAAGUACGUGCAGGCCGGCGCCCCGUGGCCCUUCCUGUUACUGGGGCUCUGGGACCACCCAGCACAGGCACCCUUAGUGAAGAGCAGCCCUGCCUAUCUGGUCAGGAGGCAGUCCUGGACCAAAGGAUGCUGGGAGAGGAGGAGGAAGCAGUGCCAGAGAGAAGGAUUCUGGGAAAGGAAAGGUCCACUUUGAAGCCAGAGGAGCAGAGGAUUCUGGGGGAAGAAUCAGGAACCGUUAGUACCAGCCCACAAAAACAUAGGAGUCUGGUUAAUGAGGAAGAUUGGGGUAUACCUCAGGAGGAGAUGGAGGAACAUAGAGUCCCAUCUCCAGCACCUGAAGAGAGGAGCAUUAUUGGCCAGGAGGAGGCUGGGGAAUGGAGGCUGUGGGGGAAGGAGCAUGGGAGCCUUCUGGAUGAGGAAUUAAAGUUCGGCUGGGUUCAGGGUCCUGCCCUGACUCCAGUCCCAGAGGAAGAGGAGGAAGAGGAGGAAGGGGCUCCAAUUGGAACCCCUAGGGAUCCUGGAGAUGGCUGUCCUUCUCCAGACAUUCCUCCAGAGCCACCUCCAUCACAUCUGAGGCCUGGCCCUGCUAGCCAGCUCCCUGGACUCCUAUCUCAUGGAUUCUUGGCUGGCCUUUCCUUUGCUGUGGGGUCCUCCUCUGGCCUCCUGCCCUUACUACUUCUAUUGCUCCUCCCAUUGCUGGCAGCCCAGGGUGGGGGUGGCCUUCAGGCAGCACUAUUGGCCCUUGAGGUAGGACUUGUGGGCCUGGGGGCCUCCUACCUGCUCUUUUGUACAGCUCUCCACUUGCCCCCUAGUCUGUUCCUCCUCCUGGCCCAGGGCACCGCACUGGGGACAGUCCUCAGCCUCAGCUGGCGCCGAGGCCUGAUGGGUGUGCCUCUGGGCCUUGGGGCUGCCUGGCUUCUAGCUUGGCCUGGCCUGGCUCUACCUCUGGCAGCUGUGGCAGCUGGGGGCAAAUGGGUACAGCAGCAGGGCCCCCGUUUGCGCCGAGGCAUCUCUCGACUCUGGUUGCGGGUUCUGCUGCGCCUGUCUCCAAUGGCCUUUCGGGCCCUACAGGGCUGUGGGGCUGUGGGGGAUCGGGGCCUAUUUGCACUCUACCCCAAAACCAACAAAAAUGGUUUCCGAAGCCGACUGCCUGUCCCUUGGCCCCGGCAGGGACAGCCUCACACUGCUCAGCAUCCACUAGCCCUAUUAGCAAGGGUUUGGGCUCUGUGCAAGGGUUGGAACUGGCGUCUGGCCCGAGCCAGCCACAGUUUAGCCUCUCGUUUGCCCCCCUGGGCCAUCCACACAUUGGCCAGCUGGGGUCUGCUUAGGAGUGAACGUCCCAGCCGGAUCCCUCGGCUACUACCUCGUAGCCAGCGCCGGCUUAUGCUCCCUGCUCCCAGACAGCUACCAGCAGGGACUCUGGCUGGGCGGAGGUCCCGGACCCGUCAUUUCCGGGCCCUUCCUCCCUGGAGGUAACCAAUUCUAACCCCCCCACACCCAAAUUUAGAGCAUUGAGCACUUUAUCUCCUACAACUCGGUGAAAUUUCUCCAGUCCCCAGUCCUCCUUUCUGCACCUCCUUCCUCAAUAUGUUCCCCAAGCCCGGCCCUUGAGACCUCUAGUCAGGCAGCCUUCUCUAUUGUGGAGUCCAGAAGUGACAUUCUGUGUUCUCCCUAAGUUAUUGCUGUCCCCCACCCCCCACCACUGUGUGUGCUCAUCCUCACCCUCAUCAGCUCAGGCCUGGGGCCAGGGGUGGCAGGGAGGGAAGUCAUGGGUUUUUUUUUUUU